GUCUCGUGAUCGAGACAGGCGGCCCCCGUCUGACAUGGCAGUGGGGCCCACCGCACGGUCAGAAAAAUAGCGGGAAAGAGAGAGAGAGAGAGAGGGUCUCUCUGUUUUUCUCUUGACAGAGAAGAGAAGCAGAUUUUCUUUUCUUUUUAUUUUUAUUUAAUUUUAUAUUUUUUUCGGGUUUUGUAUUUUGGGGUUUCAAGUCGUCUGAAAUCCGACCUGAAAAUCCGAUUUUCAACUGAAACUUCGGAGAUUUUGAGGUGUUGUUGCUGGGGUUUUGAUAAAAUAUCGAAUUUUUUUUCGCUGGAAUAUCUGACGUGGCGGUGAGAAAAAAUGAAGUUUCUGUUUGGAUUUUGGACUUUCAUCUGGUAAGGAAAUGUUGCUAACUGGGUGUUUGUGGAAUCUCCUUGCUUUGGUCUUUUGAGCUUUGGAGUCGAUUUUCGGCUCCAAGAAUGUCAAGAAGCUGAAGAAAAUGCCAUCUUCAACACGAGUUUGAGCUAGAAUCCGUUGAUUUUUUCUCUUUCUGUGAGAUUUUUUAGUUUUCUUUCAAUGAGAAGAAGAAAAAAUCCGAAGUGAAGUUGGGUUUUUUGAGCUAGAAUCGAUUUUGCAAUUUUGCUUUCGGUGGGUUUUGAUUCUUCCGUGAAGAAGAAGAGAAACACUGAAAAUCAGUUCAAAAUCUCAAAAAAUAAAAAAUAAAAAUCCUACCCAGAAUGUAAUUUUGAGCUGGGCUAUUUUUAUUUUUUAUUUUUCGUUUAAGCUUUCGAGUUAAAAGGAGGUGAUUUUUUUAUGGGUAUCUGUCUGAGUGUCUUGGGUUUUCCUUCUUGGUUUUGCUUCUUCUUGUGCGGAGAAGAAGAAGAAAAGCCCAGAAGAGAUCCGUUCAAAAAAUCUUAAAUUUCCAACCCAAAAUGCGAACUUUUAGCUGAUUUUUUUAUUUAUUUUUAGCUCAAGUCGGUCGAUUUUUUCCCUCUAAUUUCAGUUUGGGAGGAUACUGACUUUCUUUCUAGAAGAAGAAACCCCACCGAAAAAAAAAAAUCCAUAAAAAAAAAUGCAAGAAUCCGCCCCAAAAUAGUAUUUUUAGCUGAAAAUUUUGAAGCGUUUUUAUAGCUAAUCUUUAUUUUUAAUGGAAAAUCGAAGCCCAAAAUCCCAUUUGAGCAGAAAAGUUGAAAUUUUGCUUCAAAUCAUCUUUCUUUUCUGCUUAUUCCAAUCGCUGGAAUGCCAAGAAGCAACGAGGCCACUUCCUUUAUGCCAUCUCGAUAAAAUCUUUGCUCCAUCACCAUCUUCUCCUCAUUCGGUUCCUGAAUUCAAGACCCGUCUCCGGAGAAUUAUCCUCGGCAUCAUCUUCGGAUGCCUCACCGGAUUCAUUGCCACAGUUGUUUUGGCCGUUGUGGUCCGGUUCUCUGUUCAGUACAUGAACCGAACUCCGAUUCUCAAAGGCCCCGUCAUCUUCUCUCCCAAAAUCACCCCGAAAACCCUCCAAUCUGCUCUUUCAAACGAAACCCAGUUGCUUGGGUCAAGCCCCAAUGGUAAAUACUAUCGGGUCGUCCUUGAUAACGAGCUGGAUUUCGCCAUCAAGCGGCUCAAACCCUUUGAGAAUGGGUCUCCUGAGACCCAGAGCAAAUCUGUCAAGAGACGGAUACAAAGAGAGCUGGAAGUGCUUGCUCGGUUGAAGCAUAGGAAUUUGAUGAGCUUAAGGGCUUACGUCCGGGAACCCGAUCGUUUCUCUUUGGUAUACGAUUAUAUGCCGAACGGUAGCCUUGAAGAUGCAAUGAAUAGAGUCCGGGUGAACCAGCUGCAGCUCGGAUGGGACGUCCGGCAUCGGAUUGCAGUUGGGGUGAUCAAGGGGCUCCGAUAUCUUCAUUUUGAGUGCAACCCACGGAUUCUGCAUUACAAUUUGAAACCCACAAACAUCAUGUUGGAUGAGGAGUUUGAGCCAAGGUUGGGAGAUUGCGGGCUAGCUAAUCUCAUGCCCAAUGCGGGUAGGGCAGCAUCGGCUUAUGAUGCUCCUGAGUGCUUCCAGAAUUGCAGGUAUACUGAUAAGAGCGACAUCUUCAGCUUCGGGGUGAUCUUGGGUGUCUUGCUUACCGGGAGAGACCCUUUGGAUCCAUUCUUCGGUGAGGCAGGAGGAGGUGGGAGCUUGGGCCGGUGGCUCAGGCAUCUGCAGCAAGCAGGGGAGGCCCGCGAAGGGUUGGAUAAGUGCAUUCUAGGGGAAGAAGUGGAAGAGGACGAGAUGCUGAUGGCGGUGAGAAUUGCCGUUGUAUGCCUGUCUGACUUGCCAGGGGAUCGACAUUCAAGUGAUGAGCUUGUUCCCAUGCUCACCCAGCUCCACAGCUUUUGAAAGUAUAUGCAGUUUGUUCCCUUCUUUCAAGCCACGGAUUUGCUGAAUUUGGUAGUUAGCUUUUUCUUCUUUCCAUGAUCUAAUGUUGCAUCAUGAAGGCUAUCAUACAUCACAUGUGCUGACAUGUACAUGUGUGUGCAGUAUCCGGGCUGUUGAUCAGAUGGGUCCUAGUAUCUAUGGGCCAGGGACAGAAAUUGGGCUGUUCUGGCAAAUGGGUGGGACACACACAAAGAAAUGUACUGGUUGGAGAAAAGAAGAAGAACAAGGGUCUAAAGAACAGCCCACUUUAUGACUGGACUGCUGAUUUUCAGCACCAUGGCACAUAGAUGGUGGGGUCCACCCAAUGAAUGACAUGGAUCACAUAUGUGCAUAGACACAGAGAUUGUUGGAUUGGACAUGCUACUCCACAUAGGCCUUAGCUGGGUUCUUUUGCUCUGUGGAGAUGUCUAUGCCGUAAACUGUAAAAAAAAAAAAAAAAAAGAUGUCUUAGACAUGCUACUCCACAUAGACGGUAGACCUUUAGCUUGUUUUUGUUUUUUUGGGGUUUUUUUUUUUGGGCGUCAUAGUGAUAGUUUACAUGUAAUCUUUGUCGAUAUUUGCAUGGGUGUUUGGAGAGGAGGAAUGGUUGUAUGUGAAGAAAGAAUUAUCACAUGCAAGUGCUGUUGAUGACUUUGUCAAAAGAAGAGUUUGGGAGA